AUGGAAGAGAGAGAAGUGACAAUAGAAAUGCAAGAGAGAGAAGAGAUAAUAAAGAUGAAAGAUUGCAAACUGUGCAAAAAUGAAGAAACGCUGGAGUACCAUUUGGGCAAGUUUCUUCAUGCGAGGGUUAAAGGGAGGAUUUUCAUGAAGGUGAUUAUCGAGCUCAUAUAUCAGUUAUUUCAAGAAGGGAAGGACUAUGUACAAAUACUACAUAUAUUGAACAAAGCUCCUAACAUAAAGGCCAUCAUAAGGGCCUUCUCCCCAAAUAGGGAGUUUAUUUCUCCGGUGAGGGUGAAGAGAUCUAAAGAGUUCGCCAUUAAUCACUUAAAACUGUUGAUGUGGGAACUUCGCCAUUACGUAAGUAUAACAAUUAAUUAUAUUAUAUGUAGUCAAUACGACAGAGCAAAUUCUCAUAGAGGUAUUCAUAAAUUCAACAGCAUCUUCAGUCACGCCCGUCACACCACAAUCAGUCACCACAACCACAACCCAAUCCAUAGAAGCAUCACCAGGAUCCCCAGUCACGCCCAGAACAUCAGGACCACACACGCCCCCCUCAGCAGGACCAAACACGCCCCCCUCAGCAGGACCACAGACGCCCUACACACCAGAACCAGCACCAUCAUCUUCAGAUCCCUGGUCGCUUUCAAUCUGGCUGACACUACACGUAUAAGAUACGAUGGUACGACGAAACCUUGUUACAAUUACAAGGUGUUGACGAUGCUGAAGGAGAAUUACGGCUUCAAGUGCCAUCGUGAAUUCCACCUAGGAGGCUCAGGUAACCAUAACACAUUCGUCAUCGCAUUGCACGAGUCGGCGAAAAUACCGGUCGGUAUAAAGCAAUAUUUCGUAAAGAAAGUGCUGCAAGCCGGACUGGACGCACUGGGCCCAGAGACGAAAACCCAAACGCACGGCAUACCCCAAGGUAUAUGCUGCGACGGAACACAGUCGUUGAAGGUAUUUGCUGAAGACGCGCCCACCGUUUGGCGACGAGUCGACGCCUUCGUCCGAGAUAAACGUACGUUGGCGAACGACAUCGUCGAAAGCGGUGAGGAAACGAUGCACCGGAAUUAUAAUCCAGAUUUUAAAUUUUACACGGUAUGUUUUAUGUAUUAUCGAUGUAAGAACGGCAUAUUGGCCGAACCGGAAAGCGUUACCGAUACUUUAAGAUCGAUGAUCUCAUCGAACGAUACGACAUCGAUACUACUGAUACAAUUGCAUUUUGGGACGGUGUUAUACCACCCGACCUUGCCUCUCUUCUUACAUUUCCCUACGGCCCUUCGGAAAUUAUCGAAAGCUAAAGAGAAAACAUUUUACAGAUGUCAUAACGGAUAUAUCACUUGCAAGACGCCUUUUAUCGGAGAUCGAUUCGAAAACAUCAGUUAUUUCCUAUUUAUAUUAUGUUAAUUUAAUUAUAAGAUGUAAAUAAAAAAAAAAUAUAUUUUCCAAUCCUACGAUCCGACAUACCACAUGAUCAGACCGCAAAGAAAAGCCAAUAUGACGAUAUAUACGAUAUUCGGGGAAUAUCGUGAUUGUGGUAAAUACGUAAAAGGAAAAAACGGAAUACAUGAAGAAUUUCGUAAAAUGCCAAGAACACAGACUGGCACAAAUUGCUGCCGGUCUGCAAUUACGCAUAGAAUUCGUAGCGAAUUUCGACUGGUUCGAAGACGCCAUGGACGCACUGACACCGCAAUCGUAUUUUUUGACGUCGGUAAAAGAUCGUUUUUGUGUCGUUCGCAACGACACAACACAACACAACGACGUGCUACAACUACAAAGUCUUGACGAUGCUAAACGACCGUUACGGCUUGAAGUAUCACAGGAAGUGAUACAAUUGCCAGUAAACCUCAUAGAAUUUGCUUGGGGGCUUUUGGAAAGCAUGUAUAAUCGAAGA